AUGGCUUUCUUUGUGAAAAAGAUGAUAAGCGACCAGGUGAAGAACCUCGGCUUCGGAGGCAGCUCUGAGGAAACGAAAGAAGAAGGAGGGUCAUCGGAUCCUGCAGCCGCACAGGGCAUGACUAGAGAGGAGUACGAGGAGUAUCAGAAGCAAGUGAUCGAGGAGAAGAUGGAGAGGGACGCGGCGUUUACACAGAGGAAGGCGGAGAGGGCGUGCCUCCGGGUCCACCUCCGGGACAAAUACCGACUCCCAAAGAGCGAGAUGGACGAGAGCCAGAUCCAGAUGGCCGGGGACGACGUGGACCUGCCCGAAGAUCUCCGGAGAAUGGUGGACGAGGACCAGGAGGAGGAAGAAGACAAGGACUCGAUUCUCGGGCAGCUACAGAACCUCCAGAACAUGGACCUGGAGGCCAUCAGGGAGAAGGCGCAGGCCACCUUCGCCGAGAUGAAGCAGUCGGCCGAGCAGAAGUGCUCAGUGAUGUGA